AUGGCCGGGACCUUGGUUGCUCAGGCUUGGUUCUUGAUUGACCCAGGCCGACCCCGCUCCAGAGACAAGUUCGCCAAUGUCGCAAGCAAGAAAGACAAAGUCAAAGCCGGAAUUUCCAUCGCCGAUGGCCCUAUCAUCUUCUUCUUGGGCGAGGACCUAAGGAUGCGCCGGUUGCUAUGCAUGCAAACGAUGCACGCAUUGCGUUGUUUCCCGAAAGAAACGCGCGCGUACAUCAUAGACACGCCACGGCGGCCAAUAGGAACUCGCCACCCCACGGCAGAUGCUCUGAAGCCCAACCUUGAGAGCCGAGAAGCGCGCAUGGGCCUUGUUGAGUACAACACAGCAUGCACCGAGCAUGCCGGUAACCAGAUUGUUGUCGGGCUACUUCGCUUCAACCCCUCAGAUGGAAAAUGGACUCCAUCCCCUUUCCCCGCUUCUUGGAAUUGCGGAGCCGUGUUGCUACAGCGCAUGCAAAGCAGUAGGCUCGUCUCCGGCCUGGAGAAGCCGUGCUCUAAAACAUUGACCAAGCCCGAGGUCACCGACAAGCUGCGCUAG